UGGGGGAACAAGUCAGGCUUUUUUUCGGACGGAACCAAGUUUCUUCUCGCUGGUGCCAACGCCCGGCGAAACAAACAGCUAACGUACCCACGGUUCGGCACAGCUUUCAGGCCAGCAGCAGCAAGAAAGCACAAGAGAUGCAGACGAUCAAGUGCGUGGUGGUGGGAGAUGGAGCAGUGGGAAAAACCUGCUUACUGAUCUCAUACACCACAAACAAGUUCCCAUCUGAAUAUGUUCCCACAGUGUUUGACAACUAUGCAGUUACUGUAAUGAUUGGGGGUGAACCAUACACCCUGGGCUUGUUUGAUACAGCAGGUCAGGAAGAUUACGACAGGUUACGACCACUAAGCUACCCUCAGACUGAUGUUUUCCUAGUCUGUUUUUCCGUUGUUUCACCCUCCUCAUUUGAGAACGUUAAAGAAAAGUGGGUUCCUGAAAUCACACACCACUGUCCCAAGACCCCGUUCCUGUUGGUAGGCACUCAGAUCGACCUCCGUGAUGACCCCUCCACCGUGGAGAAGUUGGCUAAGAACAAACAAAAGCCCAUCACCCCUGAGACAGCAGAAAAGCUGGCUCGUGACCUGAAGGCAGUCAAAUAUGUGGAGUGCUCAGCUCUAACACAGAAAGGAUUAAAGAAUGUGUUUGAUGAGGCAAUACUGGCCGCCCUGGAGCCUCCCGAACCUAAGAAAAGACGCAAAUGUGUUCUGCUCUAAAUGUCCUCGCCAUCUUCUUCAGAACAUUUUCCAUAUCUAGGUUAACAGUACUGAAAUGUUUUAUUUUCCUCUGCACAAGCACAUUCCAAGUGUUUGCUUCAAGUAUCGUGUAGAGCAUAAGCUGGUAAAGACAGCUUAAUAAAAUACUCAGCUUGUAUUGUAAUUCAUUAAAGUUGUCAUUUCAAACUUCCAUCUCCAACUUUUACAGCAGCAAUAAAAGUCCUCAUUGAGUCUGACACACACGGACUCAUUUCAAAACAGGCUUUAAGAUGAAACAGAUGCCGUAUUUAAUAGUUUUGGAUAAUGCUCCAUUUUUAGUUGGACAUGACAAAACCACCUGAAAUGAUGACACUGACGAGAAGAAGUGGGAAAUGACCAGUUUUAGGCCUUCACGAGCUGAGAAAUUGCUAAUAUAGUUACCAUGUAAACAGUCAGUCCUUUAAAUCACUGCUAUCCGUUAUUCUCUCAAUUUACCUUUAAAGAUAUUUAGCACGAAUUAUCACGUUUUAAGUUUCUACUGAAAGUUGAUACUGCAUGUUUAUCUACUUUUAAUUCCAGGUUAAUGAACUUUUCUGUAACCUGAACACAUUUGUGUUGCAUCAUUAAGUUUGUGAGGGGAGAAAAUCUGUUAAAAUGACUGAAAUAUCCAUUUUUUACAGUAACCAUGCCAACAGUAGGGUGAAGUCUGAUUUGUAAAUAUAGUGGCAAUAACUUAUUUACUUUGACAUUUGUGCAUUACUAAAAAAAAGUUUAAAGAGGCUGAGAUGAGGCUGAAAUCAAAUUUUACAAAUUCUUUGAGUGUUUUCAUUUUUAUUUAGCUUGACAUGGUUGUGCUGUAUCUUGUAAUAAAACAACAAUAAACCAGUAUUAAGAUUAAA